GCGCGAACACGCUCGGCCCGCGUUGCCCGGGCGAAAGCGGCGGCGGUGGCGUGGGGGUCGUGCGGGCAGCGCCCGCGGGAGAUGCGGCUGCGGCUCGGGCAGGUCCUGCCGGCGCUGUGCCUCUGCGCCGCCUUCCCCCUGCUGUGGUACGCGGUGUGGCAGGGGAGCCGAGGAAAUGACUUAGAUAUGUACCAACACCAGUUGCUGGAACUUCAGCAGAGACUAUUGUAUGCUGAAGAGGAAAAUAAAAAAAGAUCACACGAACUGAACAGUGCCCUAGAUGAAAUUAAACAUAUAAUUGCAAGAAGAAUGAACAUGACAAAAAACCACACAGGUGAUAUGAAGUGGAAAGAAUUAAACUUCCCCAGCAAACUCCCCGUGCAUCUUACAAAUGUGUACUACUAUCUCCCUCACCUUCAAGAAUAUGAAGAUGCAAUUUUCCCAAAUGUUAUUUUUGGGCAACAGAGAACUGGAGUCUCCCUGGUGAUGGGUAUUCCUACAGUGAAAAGGGAAAAACAAAAUUACCUGAUUGAUACAUUGCAUUCCCUACUGUACAAACUUUCUGAAGAGCAAAAGAAGGACUGCAUAAUAAUCAUCUUUAUAGCAGAGGUGGAUGUAGAGUAUGUUAAGAGGGUUUCAGAAAGUGUUAAAACCAGCUUCCCCAGAGAAGUCCAGUCUGGAGCCCUAGAGGUUAUUUCUCCUCCUGCUUCUUAUUACCCAGAUCUUUCCAACCUGAAGAAAACACUUGGAGAUUCUGAGGACAGAGUAAGGUGGAGAACUAAACAGAAUUUGGAUUAUAGCUUUUUAAUGCUAUAUGCUCAACCUAAGGGAACAUUUUAUUUACAGCUGGAAGAUGAUAUUAUAGCCACACCUGAUUAUAUUGAAAGUAUAAAAAGCUUUGCUGCUCAACAGUCCCAAGAUUGGAUGGUUCUCGAGUUCUCCCAGCUUGGAUUUAUUGGAAAAUUGUUUAAAUCAGAAGACUUGCCACUCAUAGUGGAAUUUUUUCUCAUGUUCUAUAAGGAUAAGCCCAUAGACUGGCUUAUAGACCACCUGCUCUGGGUUAAAGUGUGCAAUCCAGAAAAGGAUUCAACACACUGUGAAAAGGAGAAGUCAAAGUUACGUAUCCGUGCUAAACCAUCUCUCUUUCAGCAUAUGGGAGUUUAUUCAUCAUUGGCUGGGAAGAUACAGAAUUUGAAAGAUAAAGAUUUUAGAAAAAAUCUGCUACUUAAAGCACAUAAUAAUCCACCUGCAAAACUGGAUACAAGCCUAAGAAUAUACCACCAAUAUACCUUGGAAAAAGUUUAUAAAGGACAAGACUGUUUUUGGGCUUCAGCUCCAGUGGCAGGUGACUACAUCAGGUUCACAUUUUUAAAUCCACUAGAAGUUGAAAAGUACUUGUUCAGAAGUGGAAACAUGGAGCACCCUGGUGAUAAACUGUUUAACACUACUGUGGAAGUGUUGCCAGCUGAUGAAAUGCUAAUAAAAGAAUUGGUUGAUAAUGGAAGUAAAUUAAACUACCCAGCAACCAAAGACGGGUAUCUAAAAAUAGGGGCUUUUGAAAAUGGCAUUGCAGAAGGCAGCAUUAAUCGGUCAGUAGGAAGAAUACAGGCUAUUCGUUUAUCAGUCAAUUCUGAUUCUCCAGUCUGGGCAAUACUGAGUGAGGUACUUAUCAAGACAUCUGAAAACUGAAAAAAAUACAUUUUUGAUGUGUUACUUGUUAUGUAUUGUUUGAAAACAAGGCUGACUGCAACAGAAAAAAAAAGGACUGGGUCAAAGGAUCAAUUCCAAACCCAUUUAAUUAUUAAUACUCUGUAUUAGGAAAGAGUAGAGAUAACUCUUACGUCUUUAUAUGAAAAGGUAUAUGAAAAGAAUGUUAGUAGUUUCUAGAAAAUGUUCGUGAGUAAUAUGUCAUAUAAAAAUCUCACCUUAGCUUGGCAACAUUAAAUAGAUAUUAUUAUAAACAAUUGAAAAGGCAUUACAGCCUGCCUCAGGGACUAAAGCAUAAAGGUAUAAAAAGCUUCACCAGAAAUAAAAAUACAGACAUUUUU